AUGGUCUCGCAGACGCUCCAAUUCGAUGAUGAUUGGUCGCAGCCGCGAAAUCACGUCCAGAUAGGACUCACCCCCAAGCCCAGGAUAUCUGUAGGUGAGUUUUUCGGUCAUCUGGGACCGAUACUCGUCUGGAUACUUGGUGCGGAACUCGUCUUCUCCGAUCGAGUCCAGAGAACCGCAUCCAAAGUCGUUCAACAUCCGGAACGACUUGAUAUGGAAAUCACCGCCCUCCUCUUCGCGAGGGAAAAUCUUGAUGGCACCGUUUGUCUUUUCGUUAAGGGUCUGGAUAAUCCAGCUUCUGCGGUCCUUUGUGGAGUUUGUCGCGUCAAAUAUCCCCACGUUUCCUUGGUCAACAAGCAAAAAGUCAAUCAGGUCGUCCAGGGUCUCGCGUGCCCACUGUUCCCGCCUGUGGAAAUAUUCUGUAUUUGUGUGGUCAAAGAAACUGGCAUCAUGACUGGUUCCCUUGUCGAUGGUUGGGCCUGGAAUCGGAUAGUCGCUGGGUUUUGCAUUUUCCUGGCGUCUUGUGUUGCCCACGUUGAAAAUCUUGUGGCUGGAAGUCCGACGCAAAUAAUGGCCAGUUUCAACGACUCGCUGCCCUUAUCGCCCUUGGACGAAAGAAUGUUUGUCUGGCUGUUGUCGGAGCCGUGGCUGUUCACCAACUGUAAAUCCGUGGUCUGGCCGGGAAUCGAGAUGGCCGACGUCAAGGCGGAGGACGAGGGCACUCGCGACAUCAUCAGCGGCGAGUUCAGCUUCGACGAAGCAAGAGAACUCAUCGCUGUAUGGGCGCCCAUAACAGAGUCUCCGUUGCCGGUCAUUUUCUUUAAUAAAGAACAAGAGAUCUAA